AGCCAGUCCUGCAGGGGGCGGGGAGCCUGCUUCCUUCUUGCCUCUCUACCCAUCCUGAAGAGGGUAGGAAUGAACAGGGGUCUCCCUUGACCUCCCGUUUGGAGAAGAUGCCGGAGGAACACUGAAAGGCAGGCCGUCUCUCAACUUCCGUGAGGAUCACCCAGAUCCAGCAAGCCCAUCUCUUCCAGUAUUGUUUCGAGCCAGGUGGACUGGCAAGCUCAGAGAGAGUCUCCAGGUUCCAGAGACUGCCUCCACUUCUGAAAGGUUUUGGAAAUCCCUUGUCUCCAGGUUGCUGGAAUUGACUUCUUGCUCAACUGAAUCACUCGCUCAAUGGAGACAAAGAGAACUAAUGCUUUGUGCUGACUCAUGUUUGAAUCAAAGCCUUGAGGAGUCUGUCCGCUUUGUGGAAAGAACCGGUGAUCGUCUCUAUCACUGAGCUUCCUAAGACUUCUGAGGAGAAGAAGUUGGAGGAAUAUACACUUUCUUUUGAACUUUUAUAACAAAUAUUUGCUCUAGUUUUGAAGCCCAGGGCUGCUGGGGGUGUGAGUGACAAGUCUUACAAGUGGCCUUAUUCCAACUCCAGAAAUUCCUCAGCCGGAUUCUUGUUUUAUAUACAAUCCUUCCGUGACAGGAAACAUGCCAACUCAGUCCCUCUUAGUGUAUAUGGACGGACCAGAAGUUAUUGGCAAUUCUCUUGGCACCCAAAUGGAGAUCGAUGAUGCCGUGUCAAUCAAAGGGACUGCGGUUGUUCCUUUCAGAGCUACCCAAGAGAGAGACGUAGCCCGGAUGGAAGGCUGUGCGCCCUUGGACUGCAUGUUUUGCAGCCAGACCUUCACACAUUCAGAAGAUCUUAAUAAACAUGUCUUAGUGCAGCAUCGGCCUACCCUUUGUGAACCGGCCGUUUUGCGUGUUGAAGCAGAGUAUCUUAGCCCUCUUGAUAAAAGUCAAGUGAGAACAGAAGCUCCAAAGGACAAGAAUUGCAAAGAAAAUGAAGAAUUUAGCUGUGAAGUAUGCGGGCAGACAUUUAGAGUCGCUUUUGAUGUUGAGAUCCACAUGAAGAAACAUAAGGACUCUUUCACUUACGGGUGUAAUGUGUGCGGAAGAAGAUUCAAGGAGCCGUGGUUUCUUAAAAAUCACAUGCGAACACACACUGGCAAAUCGGGGGCCAAGAGCAAACUGCAGCAGGGCUUGGAGAGUCCAGUCACAAUCAACGAGGUCGUCCAGGAGCACGCAGCCGAGAGCAUCUCAUCGCCUUACAAAAUCUGCAUGGUUUGUGGCUUCCUAUUUCCAAAUAAAGAAAGUCUAAUUGAUCACAGGAAGAUGCACACCAAAGAAACUGCUUCCGGUACCAGCAGUACACAAACAGACUCUCAGCAGGAGGGAAGGCCAUCUCCGGGGGAAGAGUUCCUGCAGUUUUUUAACUUAAGACCAAAAUCUCACCCCGAAACCAUGAAGAAGCCCGCAAAAUGGAUACCUCAGCUCGAUCCGUUCACCACCUAUCAGGCUUGGCAGCUGGCCACCAAGGGAAAAGUUGCCGUUUGCCGAGAAGUGAAGGAACAGCCCGGGCAGGAAGGAAGCACCGACAACGACGACUCAUGUUCAGAAAAAGAAGAGCUCGGCGAAAUUUGGAAUGCGAGUAAAAGCCAUUCUGAAGGUUCUGGAAAGUCCAAAACAAGUAAAAGUGGUUGUACAGGCCUCUCACAAGAUAAGGAGAAGCCUAGACACUCUAACGGUGAAGUGCCUUCCGUGGAUGCUGACCCCAAGUUAGCCAGUAACAAAGAUAAGCCCACUCAUUGCUUCGAAUGUGGCAAAGCUUUCAGAACCUACCACCAGCUGGUCCUGCACUCCAGAGUACACAAGAAGGACAGGAGGGCGGAUGCUGAGUCGCCAACCAUGGCAGUCGAUGGAAGGCAGCCUAGGACGUGUUCUCCAGACCUAACCACCACCCUGGAUGAAAAUGGAGCCAUCGAUCGUGAAGUUGGCUCUGAAGAUGGAUCUGAGGAUGGACUUCCAGAAGGGCUCCAUUUGGAUAAAAAUGAUGACGGAGGAAAAACAAAGCAUCUAACAUCCUCGAGAGAAUGUGGUUAUUGUGGAAAGUUUUUCCGUUCCAAUUAUUACCUCAAUAUUCAUCUCAGAACGCAUACAGGUGAAAAACCAUACAAAUGUGAAUUUUGUGACUAUGCUGCAGCCCAGAAGACCUCUCUGCGGUAUCACCUGGAGAGACAUCACAAGGAUAAGCACAUCGAUAUUGCCACCGAAGUCAAGAACGAUGGGAAGAACCAGGAGACCGAAGAGGCGCUCCUGACCGCCGACAGUGCGCAAACCAAAAAUUUGAAAAGAUUUUUUGAUGGUGCCAAAGAUGUUAAAGGCAGCCCACCUGCAAAGCAGCUUAAGGGGAUGGCCCCUGCCUUUCAGAACGUUCUGGGCAGUGCUGUCCUCUCACCAGUCCACAGAGAUACUCAGGAUUUCCAUAAAAAUGCAACUGAUGACAGUGCUGACAAAAUGAGCAAAAAUCCUGCCCCUCCUUACUUGGACGUGUUAAAAAAGAAAUCAGCAGUUGAACCUCAGGCAAAUAACCUUCUCUGUAGGGUAGAAGUGGAUGUUACUCCUCGUGCAGACAGCAGCACUGCCCACACUGGGGAAGUCGGCCACCAAGAGAAGAAAGUAGAGAUCGCACCGGACUGCAAGUACAAGCCAAGCAUGGACUGUCAAGAAAAACCUUUAAAUUUAUCCCUUGGGGCUCUUCACAGUUGCCCAGCAAUUUCCUUGAGUAAAAGUUUGAUCCCAAGUAUCACCUGCCCAUUUUGUACCUUCAAGACAUUUUAUCCAGAAGUUUUAAUGAUGCACCAGAGACUGGAGCAUAAGUACAACCCCGACAUUCACAAAAACUCGAGGAGCAAGUCUCUGCUUAGAAGUAGACGUACUGGAUGCCCACCAGCUUUACUGGGAAAAGAUGUGCCUCCCUUGUCGAAUUUCCAGAAGCCCAAGGCCAAGCCUGCUUUCCCGGCGCAGCCCAAGUCCCUGCCGGCGGAGAAGGUGAAGCCGAGCCCCGCGGGGCCAGGCAAAGCCGCGCUCACUUCAGGGAUCGACUCCAGCACUUUAGCUCCAAGUAACCUGAAGUCGCACCGGCCCUCGCAGGGGCCCGCGGCCCGGCCGGCGGCCGAGAUCUUCUGCAGGCCCAGCGCCUCUCCCGCCGCGGAGAAGACGAAGCGGCCCGAGCCGAAGCCCAAGGCGCCCGCGCUGGGCUCCAGCCCCGCCGAGCUCCCCGCGCCGCCCGACGGGCCCUGGGCGCCGGCCGCCAGGGACUUCUUCUGCGGCCGGGGCGCGGCCGACUUCGGGGAGCCGCUGCCCAAGCGGCCCAAGGGCGGCGCGGCCGUCGACGAGCAGCCCGUGCCCAAUUACAGACGCGGCUUCGAGCUGCCCAAGUACCACGUGGUCCGCGGGAUCACGUCGCUGCUGCCGCAGGACUGUGUGUGCCCGCCGCCCGCCGUGCUGGCCCCCAAGCCGAGGUUCCUGGGCUCCGGGGACGCGGACGCGCACGUGCUCCCGGUCCCGAAGGCCUUCGGCGGCGCCGGGCUGUACGGCUGCGGCCCCGCGGGCGCCCCGGGCGCGGCGCUGGAAGGAAAAAGGCCUGUGUCAUAUCAACACUUAUCUAGCAGCAUGCUACAGAAGAGAAACUAUGAGAAUUUUAUUGGGAAUGCACAUUAUCGACCAAAUGACAAAAAAACUUGAUUUCCUAUUUUGGGGGAAGAAAGGUCCUGAUGGAUACAAGUGUGUACUCUCCAUGAAAUAAAUUAGUUCAUCCUUUGAGAAGGCAAAUGGUGAAAGCUACUGAAAUAAGCUGUGAUUGUACUGUACAUACAACAGAUGAGGAACACUACAGUUUUGUAAAGUUGUUCUGUUAACUUUUGUACCAAAUAGCAAUAAAAACUAUAGUUGGAACAGUUGGGGUAUACACAAAUAGAGACUGGAAAUCUCUAUUUUGUCCCUGAAUAAUAUUUUUUUUAGAAUUGACCAAAUAAGAAGUGGAGUUUUUGCAUACUUGAGCGCUGCUGAAAAGAAAUCAUUGGGGUUGGGGGUGGGGUGGGGAGAAAGUAUAUAACGCUUGCACCUCAGGUAAAGUGUAAAUACAUAAGUUGUAAACCUGCUUGUUUAAAUCCUGUGUGUAUUUCUUUUCUCUCAUGUAGCUCAUCACUUUGAGCAGUUUCUGCUAUUUGUGCUCUUUCAUUUAAAAUGUUUUUAAAAAAAUUUCUCAAUGAUUUGUAUUAUGUUAAAUCCUCUGCAGUCUAUUUGUUGUCUUAACAAAAUUGUUAGCGGAAGUAUUGACCCUCUAUAAAUAUAUGCUGCAUAUAUUGAGGUCAACCAUCCUGAAUUUGGUGCCCUUUUAUUGCAAAUUUCGGCAUGUCGACUGUGGAAGACUCCAGAUUCUGGAUGCUUUUCUUAGGGACUAGGGUGGUUUGUGGGAUUUUUAAGUGCACGUGUCUACAAAGAAGCAUUUCCUCUGUAGAACAGCCAAACAGCCAGUAAACGUACGAAACUGUAUGUAGAGUUACUUCAAUUUGUUUUCUAUGAAAUUAAUCAUUUUUGUUGGAAAAUUCAGUUUUUUGGGCAUUCUUGUAAAUUAGUAUAUAAAAAUGUAAACGCUAAAUUCUACGUGUGAGUUACUUAUAUUGGAAGCAAUUUUAAAGGAAAUGAAAGUUUCUGGGUGAAUUUUAGGUUUGUAUUUGGAAUCUUGGUGUGUCUGGCAUGUGGGUUAACUGUGGACAUACUCAAGUUGAUUACAGGCGCGUUGAUUCGGAGGAAGGAGCUGCGUGGCUGAGCCUUCUGGUGAUCUGGGAAGGAGGUCAUCUGUUUCCAGACCUUGGUCGUCUUCCCAUUUUUGGUUGUUUUGAAGGAGCAGCAUUUUUCUCCGUGUACAUGCAAUUUGGGUUUUAAGCAAAGACAGCCACCAGCUGGCUUGCUAGCUGUUUGAAACUUUUGUUCCCUUAAUGUGCUGCCUGUCCGUGGCUGAGUUUAUUCAGCAGUACGUGGGUUUAGCAACCACAAGAUAUUUUAUUAAGAAAACUGUUUCAACAAUAAAUUUGCACUGUUAAUUUUUCUUGCCCUGCCCUUCUCCAUUAGAGCAAGGUUGAAGUCCUAAAAGAAUCCUGAUUUUGUUUUCCCUUUGCUUUCUUUUCAUUAUGCAACAUGAAGCGUACUUGACAGAGAAGUCUUAACUCCUGGGUUGAAGGGAGACCUAAUUUGAGAUCAGUCUGCUGGCCUUGCAAUGAAGUGCUUUGUAUCAGGAAAGUGUACACUAUUUACCUGUUUUCCUGUUCACAAGCUGAGCCAUAUGUACAUAAUCUAGAUUUUUGUUUUCCUAGUUUUGCACUUUUAUAGCCUAUUUUUGAAGAUUAACACAUUUGCAAGAUGAUUGACUUGAUCUUUGUCUAAUCCGAUGAGUGUUUCAGAGAGCUCGCUGUGAGUGUAACCGUAAAUCUUCAAAGGGGACGUGUGACAACAGAGGGCUGAAAUCUAAACCUGUCUUUAAAAAAAAUCACCAAAUCUAUUUGAAAACAAGUCAGUUUGUGUUAUGCUGAAAUUUUGGGGGCUUUCAUAUUUCUCCUUUCUAACCACAUUUCUGAAUGCAUAAAAAUAUCAGUUUUUGUCCCACAGCCCUUGUACUCCAAAAUAUAUUUUUUUUGUCCAUCAGUAUUAACUAUUGGGAUACUACUGGUUUUGUAUGUUUUUUUCCUUUGUGACAACAGUGCAUAUAUAAUAGAGGUACAAUCCGUUGGACUUUUGUUUGUGUAUUUAUUUCAUUCCAGUUUGAUUUAUUUUAAUUGUUGAUACUUAAGUUGUCAAACCGUAGACAUUACUUGUUUUAUUUAUGAUAUAUUUCAGCUUAAAGUUAUGUUAUUAUAUGUGGAUGUAAAUAUAGAUUUGGUGUUUUGCA